CAAAUUCUUACAACCCACGGAAGAAAAAAAAAAAAAGAAAAAAACGAAAAAUGGCAUCCACGGACAGAAAUGAGGAUUCUUGCCCAUUCGAGCAGCCCAAAAACUUUGCGCCUGGCCAUCCUAAACACUGGGGCCAAGAGAGGGCGAAGAUCGAACUGGACGGACAACCAACCGCCGUUGCUGUCAGCCCUGAUCGUCGGAUUAUUGCCGUUGGUAUUGGAGGUAUGAUAUACAUUUUUGAUGCGGAUACGCAGGAGUGUCUUCAUAAGCUGUGGGGACAUAAGACAGUGGUGAGGGUGUUAAAAUUCGCUCCGCUAUUGCCUGCGAGGGGCUGGGAGACCGGAGUUACAUAUGUAUUGGUAUCGCACGGGGAUUGUUUGUGUCGAAUCCAUGAAAAUCUGAGCAUGAGCAUGGAGGAAUCAAAAAUCGUCCACAAUCCCUAUGGCCUACAGACCCAUCAGGAUGUUGUUGUGUGGCAGCUCUGGACGAAAAGAUCCUAUGAGUCGAUGUCACCUGAUGCCAGAAGCCUUGCGAUACAGGCAUUAGAACCUAUUGUGUCGGACCUGGAGACGAAAUUCGGCUGGGAAGAACCGGGAAAAAUUAUCCGGGAUCUAUACUUAGAUGUGAAAGAUGCGUUCAUCAAGGCCAUCAGACGACAAGGCACUGAAAACAAAUUUUUCAUCUCAAGCAAGCAGCGCUCCGAAGGGGAAUUGGCCUUUUUGGAUGGUUUCUCAUUUACCCCAGAUGGAAAAUCCUUGCUCUAUCUCGAAAAGUAUAAUGGUCACGACUACCUACGUUUUACGGAAUUAUAUAAGGGACACGCUGCUUUGCCAAAUACUGUGUUCAAUAGAGAAAACAUAGGAUGGUUUGGAAUGAGCCCCAACGGCGACAUCGCCGCUACCUCGCGUGACAGAAGAGUAGUACAGGUCUGGGACGAGCGUUAUUACGACUUGCCAUAUAGGAAACUGUCGCUAUUGGGCGACCGGGGUACUUGCGGUGCCUUCUCUCCGAAUAGCAGGUUCCUUGCAGUUCACGAGGAGAGCCAGAUGACUCAAAUCCGCAUCUACGAUAUCUACGAGAAACGGCAUAUCUGUGGCACUAAGGUCUAUGAGAAACUAGCGCCUUCUCUGGCGUGGACUGCCGACGGAAAAUACAUAGCAGGCGGAGCAGAUAAUGCUGUCGUAUAUCUCUGGAGUGCAGUCACAAGGGAGGCCCAGAGAACAUGGUCCUUACAGGAAGAAGACAUGAAGUUGUCUCCAGUCACCCGAGUGCAGUUGGUGAAACAUGGUAAGAAGUUGAUCUUCCAGACCGAAGACGGAUCGGUUGUGGCGUAUGACUUCGAACGCAAAUUGAAGCAGCUUUUUAUUAAGGACUACAAUCAGCCUGAAGGACCUCCCAUUGCACCCAUGGCUGUUUCGAAUGACUCACAGCUUCUUGUCGUUCCGGGUGACGGGGUCUUGCGAUUGUGGGAUCUCUAG